GAAGAAUCCUUCACUAGUCUAUGCCAUCCUUGCUUUAUGGACUUGGAGCAUGGUGCAGUUUCCACUUGACCUGGCAGUACAGCAUGUCAUGUGCCCCUUGUCUGAGACCUCUAGGGGAUUCCCGGGCCUGUUCUUUUGCCAGUACAGAGCUGAUCUGUGGAACAUCGGAAUUAGUGUCUUCAUACAAGAUGGUCCCUUCCUCGUCGUGCGUCUCAUACUGAUGAUCUAUUUCAAGGUGAUAAAUCAGAUGCUGGUGUUCUUUGCCGUCAAGAAUUUCCUCGUGGUGGUGUUGCAACUCUACCGCUUGGUGGUGCUGGCACUGGGAGUCCGCACUUCCUUGCGAAGUCGGUUGCAAGGCCCAAAAAGAGAGCACAACUUUCCGGGUCAAUCCUCUGAGAUGGGGCGCUCCCCUGGGGUCUGGGACAGCGACCCUCAGGAGGGCCUGGACGUUCCUUUGAGAGCCUCACCAAUCACCUCCCACUCCAUACCAUAGUUAUUUAUCCACAGAAGCUAGAACAUUUGACCUCUGGUUCUUCUGAC